CGCUCGCGGUCAACUCCCUUCGGGAGAACUCAGAGAACUGUCUUCCCGCCGCCCGGCCUCCCUCCUUCCCCCACUUCCUGUUAGGGCCCAGCGCGCCAGGCCGCGGGGCCGCACCUGCAGGCACGCGUUUCCCAUUGGUGACAUCUUGGCGGGCCCGGCGGUGGCACUUCCUCCUCUGCACCCUGUGACCCACGUCCGGCUGCCGGUCUCGAUCACGCGGCCUCGGCUUCCCGAACUCCGGACCCCGCGCCUCCUUGGGGCCAACAGCCCGUCCCUGGCGUGGUUGAGAACAAAAAGAUGCACCUGGACUUUCCCCGGAGCCCUCUGCGUGGUUGAGCUUCGGUGGAAUUUCGGGGCUCUUAGCUGCCAGCCGCGCUUGCCUGAUAGAAACAGAAACCAGUCCCGCUUGCCUCCCUGCCAUAAAAAAGCCACACCCAAGAUCACCUGACACCCAUCCUGUCAAGUGUCCAUGAUGCUGGGCCCUGAGGGAGGUGAGGGCUUUGUGGUCAAGCUCCGUGGCCUUCCCUGGUCCUGCUCUGUUGAGGACGUGCAGAACUUCCUCUCUGACUGCACGAUUCACGAUGGGGCCGCAGGUGUCCAUUUCAUCUACACUAGAGAGGGCAGGCAGAGUGGUGAGGCUUUUGUGGAACUUGGAUCAGAAGAUGAUGUAAAACUGGCUUUGAAAAAAGACAGGGAAAGCAUGGGCCACCGGUACAUUGAGGUGUUCAAGUCCCACAGAACCGAGAUGGAUUGGGUGUUGAAGCACAGUGGUCCCAACAGUGCCGACAGCGCCAACGACGGCUUCGUGCGGCUUCGAGGACUGCCAUUUGGAUGCACAAAGGAAGAAAUUGUUCAGUUCUUCUCAGGGUUGGAAAUCGUGCCAAACGGGAUCACAUUGCCUGUGGACCCCGAGGGCAAGAUUACAGGGGAAGCAUUUGUGCAGUUUGCCUCCCAAGAGUUAGCUGAGAAAGCUCUAGGGAAGCACAAGGAGAGGAUAGGGCACAGGUACAUCGAGGUGUUUAAGAGCAGCCAGGAGGAAGUUAGGUCAUACUCAGAUCCCCCUCUGAAGUUCAUGUCCGUGCAGCGGCCGGGGCCCUAUGACCGGCCCGGGACCGCCAGGAGGUAUAUUGGCAUUGUGAAGCAGGCAGGCCUGGAGAGGAUGCGGCCCGGUGCCUACAGUGCAGGCUAUGGGGGCUAUGAGGAGUACAGUGGCCUCAGCGAUGGUUAUGGCUUCACCACCGACCUGUUCGGGAGAGACCUCAGCUACUGUCUCUCCGGAAUGUAUGACCACAGAUAUGGCGACAGUGAGUUCACAGUGCAGAGCACCACAGGCCACUGUGUCCACAUGAGGGGUCUGCCGUACAAAGCGACCGAGAACGACAUUUACAACUUCUUCUCUCCUCUCAAUCCUGUGAGAGUCCAUAUUGAGAUCGGCCCAGAUGGAAGAGUGACGGGCGAAGCAGAUGUUGAGUUUGCUACUCAUGAAGAAGCUGUCGCAGCCAUGUCCAAAGACAGGGCCAACAUGCAACACAGAUACAUAGAACUCUUCUUGAAUUCGACAACAGGGGCCAGCAAUGGGGCAUAUAGCAGCCAGGUGAUGCAAGGCAUGGGGGUGUCUGCCGCCCAGGCCACUUAUAGUGGCCUGGAGAGCCAGUCAGUGAGCGGCUGUUACGGGGCCGGCUACAGUGGGCAGAACAGCAUGGGUGGAUAUGACUAGUUUUGUUAGGAACAUUUGAGUUACUUCAAUCAAAUUUUACACAGGCAGCCAACAAGCAGUUAAGAGCAGUUAUAAUAGAGGAAGCUGUGGGACCCAUUUUGCACCAUGAGUUUGUGAAAUCUGGAUUAAAAAAAAUUACCUCUUCAGUGUUUCUCAUGCAAAAUUUUCUUCUAGCAUGUGAUAAUAAGUAAACUAAAACUAUUUUCAGCUUUUCUCAAUUAACAUUUUGGUAGUAUACUUCAGAGUGAUGUUAUCUGAGUUUAAGUAGUUUAAGUAUGUUAAAUGUGGACCUUUUACACCACAUCACUGAACACACUGGGGAGACGUGCUUUUUUGGAAAACUCAAAGGUGCUAGCUCCCUGAUUCAAAGAAAUAUUUCUCAUGUUUGUUCAUUCUAGUUUAUAUUUUCAUUUAAAAUCCUUUAGGUUAAGUUUAAGCUUUUUAAAAGUUAGUUUUGAGAAUUGAGACACAAUACUAAUACUGUAGGAAUUGGUGAGGCCUUGACUUAAAACUUUCUUUGUACUGUGAUUUCCUUUUGGGUGUAUUUUGCUAAGUGAAACUUGUUAAAUUUUUUGUUAACUAAAUUUUUUUCUUAAAAUAAAGACUUUUUCACAAUGACUGGCACAGAUUAUCUGCUCAGCAAAAGAUAGCAAAAUGGGUGGUUGAAGAUAAUUCAUUUUAAUCGUAAUGUAUUUUAGUGUGAAUUUAAAAAUAAUUUCAUACAUCAAAUCUAUGAUCUCCCUUAUAUUCUUAUGAUGAGGCUAAAUAAAAGUCUAAUAAAAAUGUUAAA